UAUAGACAGACCCCAAGUGAGCCCUUACUCUAUGGUGUACGCGCUAGGUUCCUAUGUGUCUCCUUUCCUUGGGGCCCCGGCGUACCAAUCUCCGACGCUGUCCGGGAUCCAGACGAUCUUUACAGGGAAGAACGUCUCUGAGUUCAUGGGAGGUACUGGAAAUGGGGGGGAGUGUAGUGAUCAGGAAAUGAUUGUAAACUUCCUCCACCAUACGGCCCCAAAGAUAGAUCGCGAAGUUAGGGACGCUAUUCCAAACAGUGGUCGUUGGUUGACGUUUAGGGAGAGGGUCACUAGAAUCUUCGCUUGUGACGAGGUCUCCUAUUCGGUAGAAGAUCUGAAAGAAAUGAAAAGGGAGGAGGAUGAGAGUUUGGUAGCGUUUGUGAGGAGAUAUGAAAAGGCCUCGAACCCAUUGGUAGAAGGGAGGUUUAUGGGAGAGCUCGAGAGGUUCGAGAUAUUCCUAGGAUUUCUAUCCCAAGUCAAAGUCUUGGCUCACGAUACGGAAGGGCAAAGUGCAAAAGCACACCCCAUAAAAGUUCUCGAUAACCUAGGAAAGGGAGUGACUACGGGAAAGGGAGGAGGAAUGCCUCAAUAUGACGAUAGGAGGCCCGAAAUUGAAGGAAAGGAUAUCAUUACAAGCUCGCCUAGGAGAGGGGAGUUCGCUAGGAGCGACGGCGAGUGGAGGAAGGGAAGCCGAGGGGAUUGGAAAAAGAACGAUGGAGAGUGGGGAACCUCCAAGUGGUCCAACACUAAAGAUAACAGGUGGAAGCCAAAGGAUGAGAUAGAGGCUAAGAGACCCGAAAGACGAGAGGAGGAAAUGACGAAGGAGAUAAAAGUCUUAAAGGCGGUGAUGAAAAAGUUGCAAAAUAACAGUUUGAAAAAGGAGGAGCCUCCUGCUCAGGCUGUUCCGCGGCCAGAGGGCUGGGAGAAAGGAGAUCCUAGUCCGAGGCGGACCUGGAAUGAUAAGGCGUGUAUGUACUGUGGGGACGAGGACCACAGGAAGAGGGAUUGCCAGACAAUGUUGGAUGCAUUAAAGGAAGGUAUCAUUGAAUUGGAUGAUAGGAAGUAUGUGAUGUGGGCUGAUGAAGGGAAACCGGUGCCCUUCUUACCCUCGAUGAAAAUUAAUGUGGAUAUUCGAAGAAGAAGAAUGAAUGCGGCGAAGGGGAAACAGACGCAGAUGCCAGUGGCGGCUAAGGUUUCCCGAGUGACCUUCGAAGACGACUUAGGCGAAUCGUCGGAGAGAAUGAUGAAGAAAGCUAAGGUGCCGCUGGUGGAGACGACAACCUCUGGAGACCCAAAGGAGGAAGCAAAAGCCUCCGUCUUGAUGGCCGAGAAAGGAAAGGAAGAGAGAGCGGAGACCGUUGAAGGCAAGGGCGACUACUUUUACGUCCUUGGCAGUGGGAAGCUAAACGCCACCGUGAAUGGAGUGAGGAUGGUGGCAAUAGUGGAUGACGGGUCCGAGUCUACCGUCUGUGAAGAUAAGGUAGCACGAGAGUUUGGGCUAGAGGUGGACAGGAGUGUAGCUAUGACCAUGGUGUCCGCCAAUAAGCUAAGACAGUCGGCGCUUGGGGUGUGCCAUAAGGCCAAGGUCGUGAUAGUUGGAGUCGAGCCCACCGUGCCAGUUUUCACGGUGAAGCAUUGUUCAUCGGACCUAAUCCUUGGGAAGACAUGGCUAACGCGUGUCAACGCCACCACCGAGAACAAGCGGGAUGGGAGCCAGACAGUCACCAUAGACGGGCCCGAGAGCAGCAGGGUUACCCUAAAGACUGUGAACGAAUUUGAUAAACGUCACAAGAUGAUGGUGGUACCGAUGGGAUGGACAAAUGGCGUCGCUGUUUUUCAAAGAGCAAUGGUGGCGGUUCUAGGAGAGCUUAUACCAAAUUUGGUGGAAGUUUUCCUGGAUGACUUCCCAAUCAAAGGGCCGCUUGAGAUGGAUGAGACGGAGGUGAUGCCUGGAGUGAGGAAGUUCGUCGCAACUCACGCCGAGGACAUUAAGAAGGUGUUAGUAAAGCUAGAGGACACUAAUCUCACACCGCUGCAUCAAGCACCUGGGCCCAUGCAGCGGAUGCAGUGGAUGCCCAAGAUACCUCUAAUGAGUCCCAAGCCUUUCUCUGGAGACAAGAAGAGGGAGGAAGACUUGGACACCUGGGUGAGGACUGUGCCUACUUAUGUGAGGCACAAACUCACAAGGCCAGAAGAGGAAGUGGUAGUGGCUGCCUACUUUUUAGAAGGAUCAGCAGCCCGCUGGUUGAAUGGCUUGGUGCAGCAACAAGGCUACGGUCAGGAUUUCGAUGCCUGGGCUCAGUCUCAGACAUUGGAACAGUUCGUACGGUCCGUCUACAACAGGUGGAAUGACCCGCAAGGGGCUCAAAAGGCCACCGAUGCUAUCAACAACCUUUGUUCCCGUAGGUUCAAGGAUGUUAGAGAGCUUACAGACACCGUAGAACGCCUUCUCGUGGCACCUGGUGUGCGUUUUGACCCGCAGGUUCUCCUAACGGAUUACCUAAGGUGCCUACCUACAGAGGUAAGGACCAAGCUGGUUGAUGAGGCCUAUAUCGACCAGCACACUUUUGCUUCUUUUAGUAAGAAAGCACUGGACAUAGAGGCAAAGCUAGGAUCUGCGCAUAAGGCAUCCAAUGAUGGUAGGAAGAGACUGCCCCAAGAUUGGAAGAAAAAGGGUCAGUUAAUGUUCGUUCACCACGAUGGUCAAACGACGGAGAUUGACGACUACUCAGAUCUUGGGGAGUUCACAGAGCACGAUGGGGGUGGUGAGUCGUGACACCCAUCAAAGAAAAGGCUAGGGGGACCGGGAAGAAGAAGGUAGUACGGUCCACGGGUCAGGGUGACCAAGGAACACCCGCAUGGGUGAAGAUUGGUUUAGAAUACGAGGUGUGGCGUGACCGCGUUGCUAGGGGUACAUGCAUGAACUGUGGCAACUUUGGCCACACGUCCAGGACUCGCCGCGACAAGAAAGUCACAACGAAGGUAGCCUCACCAACGGUGGUGGGCUUACCUUCGAACCCUGGGAGUGCUUCUGCGAGCAGCUCACAGGGAAACACCUCGGGCCAGUAGGAGUGUUAGCCGCUCUUACUCGCGC